AUGGAAAUAGGGAUUGCGAAGGUAGCUAAGCAGUGGACAGCGUGCUAUUGUCUGAUCGUGUUCACCAAACUCAUGUUGAAAGUACACUCAAAUGCAAUAGUAUUAAAUGGCCGUGUCUUUAGGGCGUGGUUAGGUCCUGAGGACUCCUCCCUUGCAAACACCUGCAGAUCCCCGUAUGGGGGCAGCACUGUCAUCCCAACACUCAGGAGGCUGAGGCAAAAGAAUCUCUGCGAGAUCCAAGGCCGAGCUACCGCGAGUAGAAGCAUGGAAACCAGAGUAAAUUCUGUAUCACAGGAAGAAAAAAUUCAGCCCCUUUUGCCCCCUUUUUCUGCUGCGAGAGGAGACAACAUGAAUGGCCUUCACCAGUUUAUCUUUAGAAAAGAUAAGGAUGGUUUUCCCGGAAAUGACGCUAGUCCCGCCCUUGAGGAAGUGACAACAGGAGUGCCCUUGACGGGCAGGCUGGCUGGGCUGUGUGUCCCUCCUCUUGAUCUCCUGAGGAGGUUCCUGACCUCGGUCAUCCCCAGGAAGCCCCCUCAGGGUGGGUGGACUUCCCUCACCUCUAGAACCCUACAGACCCCACAGUACAAUCCUGGUGGUCUGACAGAAACAUUCAGCCCAGCCUGAACAUUAUACACCACCAGAGUCUGCUCAGCAACCUUUAAUGUCCAGGAUGGACCCGACUUUCAAGACAGAGUUGUCAACAGUGAGACACCAGUUGUGGAUUUUCAUGCACAGUGGUGUGGUCCCUGUAAAAUCCUAGGACCGCGGUUAGAAAAGAUGGUGGCCAAGCAACACGGGAAGGUGGUGAUGGCCAAGGUGAACACUGACGACCACACGGACCUUGCCAUGUACGAGGUGUCAGCUGUGCCUACAGUGCUGGCCAUCAAGAAUGGGGACGUGGCGGACAAGUUUGUGGGCAUCAAGGAAGAGGACCAGCUGGAAACCUUCCUAAAGAAGCUGAUUGGCUGA